AUGGAAACUAGGCCAGGUGCUUCAUCGACCAGCAGGCCUCACUCCGCUCAACCAACUACCAACAACGACAAUUUAUCCGUGCUUGGUGCCGUCGACACAAUUUCUACUGCUUCACGCAUUGCGUCGAAAGCAUCCACACUGUCACUGAAGCCCAUAAAGGAGCUCUGGAAUGAAGCAUACGAAGAGUUGAAAGAGAAGGAAAAGAGCAUUAUCAAGGACUACGAAGAUGCAAUGUCGGAAGACAUUCGACAAUCUUGGGUAGCAUAUCUAUCACACUCGGAGCUCCUGAAGUAUCUGUCGGGAAGAAGGAGCAGAUGGCAGCCUUGGUUGAGAAGGUGGCAGAAGCAAAAGAAAAACGCCUGGAAAUUGAGAUAUGGCGAACACGAGGUUGUAUUGAAGGACUUGGCGGAACCCGCUGUGAAGCUUAUCAAUGACGCCGAGAAAUUUGUCCAUAGGGUUGUGAGCACAAACCCGUAUGCUUCAAUUGCGUGGGCUGGAAUUAGCUUGCUUCUUCCGUUGUUUCUCAAUCCUUCAAAACAAGCUGUUUCGCUAGCUACGGGUCUCAGUUAUAUUGGCAACCUUAUCGUACGGAGUGACAUGCGCCAAAAGCUCUAUGAGCGCCAAUAUAAGACUGACAACAGUGGUGAGGAGUUGCAUGAGUAUCGAGAUACACUCAAGGAACUCUACAUUCGUAUUCUGAAAUUCGAGGCGAAAUGUGUAAGCUAUUACUCGAAAAACGCUGCCAAUCGUCUUGGCCGCGAUGUUGCGAAGUGGGAUAUGUGGGACUCACUCCUUCAAGAAAUUACGGCCCAAGAGGGUGAGUUCGUGAAGGUAUACGAAAUCAAGGAAGAUCUCAUAGCUCAAGAUGAGUAUGAGAAGCUCUCUAGCCGCCAUGUCGAGAGCAUGGACAUCUUGAAGCUCAUUUCGGAAAACAUUAUUGGAUUUGAACAAGCUGUCGCUUCGGCGCAAAGUGAAAAAAAUCAGACAAAAUUGGUAGAGUGGCUCUCGACUGCUGACCCAUCUAUCAACUACAACAGCGCACGUGGAAAACACGAACCUGAAACAGGCGAUUGGCCUAUCAAAGAUAGCACAGACUUCAAGGGCUGGGUCAAUGCUCCUAAUUCUUUCCUCUGGGUAAAUGGGAAAGGUGAGGCUCCAUUCUUAUUUGAGAUGCUCCAUUUGGCUGAUAAAACUUUUGCUCUGGCAUAUUUCUAUUUUAGAUGUAACGACAAAGAAAAGCCCAAUACCUUGGCACUGAUGCGCUCCUUGAUCAAGCAACUGUACUGUUGCCGGCCUAACACCCCUGAAGCCGUUGAGGCUCUCCACAAAUAUCGAAACAAUGGUCAGAAUCCAGAUCCAGACGACCUCCGAAAUGCACUUAUAGCAACCAUACGUGGAUUUUUAGGUAGCUAUCUGGUACUCGAUGCCCUCGACGAAUACUCACUUGAAGCCAGUGAAAGGAAGCGCCUCUUAGAUUUCAUCCGCCGGAUUCAAAAUUCCGGUUUGCAAAAUUUGCAUAUACUUUGCACCAGUCGAAGGGAAAUGGACAUUGAGAAGGUUUUAAUACCCUGA